AUGGCAGAAAAUGAUGAGCCUAGAUCUACUGUCGAUGAGUCAUCUAUAUCUCCAAUUGAGCGCCGCAACUCCCUCGAGAAACACCUGCAAACACGCCCCGACCCCAAAGACCUGAAAGACAGGAACAUCUUACCUCAAAGCAAUGCUGCUCCAGCCCUUCAACAAGCGCAACUAGAGCUUGAGCGCAACCAAGCAACGGACGCACUGCGGAAGAAGCUUGAGAAACGCCCAGACAAGCAAGAACUCGUCGAUCAUAAUAUCUUGCCGGACUCUACCGCGGCUCCUGCAAUCCAGGGACAGCAGAAAGAAUUGGAGAAGCAUAUGCGCGCGGACAGCCUGGAGCAGAAGAUUCAGCAGAGGCCGAAGCCGGACGAGUUGGUGAAGGAGGGUAUCUUGAAUAAGGAUGAGAAUCCUCUAAAGGAGUAG